AAACCAAACAAGAUGACCAUGGAGGAGGAGGAGGAGAAGCUUCUCUCCACCAUCGCCGCUUCCGAGCCAAACGGCGACGCGGCACCGAUGACCACCGACUCCGACUCCGACUCCGCCGAUCAGGGAGCCGUCGCCUCGGCCGGAGUCGAGUACCAGAUAUCCGAGGAGCAGAAGCAGUUGCAGGAGCGGCAUGAGAGAGCAAAGCAGGAGCUCCUGAGGAAGCGCCGCGCUUCUGCUCUUGCCGUCCCCACCAACGACAAUGCCGUCAGGGCUCGUCUCCGGCGCCUAGGCGAGCCGAUGACGCUGUUCGGUGAGCGCGAGAUGGAGAGGCGCGACCGCCUGAGGAUGAUUCUGGCCAACCUCGAUCCGGCGCAGCAGGAGUCGCUGGUCAAGUCUCAUGAGGACGACGAGGCUGCUAAUGCCGACGAUUCUGACUUCGAGCAAGAAAUUGAGUAUCCCUUCUUCACCGAAGCGACCAGGCCUAAGGCUUUGCGUGAGGCUAGGGUUCAUAUUGCGCACUACUCCAUGCCACUCGCCGCCUUGCGGCUUCAGCGUGCCAGGAGGAGGGAGGAGGAUCCCGAUGAGGAUAUGGAUGCUGAGAUUAACUGGGCGUUAGGGCAGGCCUCGAAUUUGAAGCUCGAUUGCAGUGAGAUUGGGGAUGACAGGCCUCUUUCGGGUUGCUCCUUCUCGCCAGAUGGGACAUUGCUUGCCACCUGCGCUUUAAGUCCGGUUGCCAAGUUGUGGAACAUGCCUCAUGUAACUAAGGUUGCCACCUUGAAGGGACACACAGAGCGCUUAACCGAUGUCGCAUUUUCUCCUGUGCAAAACCACCUCUUGGCUACUGCCUCUGCUGAUAGGACUGCGAGGUUGUGGAACAGCGAAGGAGGACACCUGUUGACAUUCGGGGGACAUUUGGACCGUCUUGCCUGUAUUGCCUUCCAUCCCUCAGGAAAGUACUUGGGAACAACUAGCUUUGACAAGACUUGGAGACUUUGGGAUGUUGAGACCGGUGAAGAGUUGCUUCUUCAAGAAGGUCACAGUAGGAGUGUAUAUGCCAUAGACUUUCACCCAGAUGGCUCAUUGGUUGCAACUGCUGGAUUGGAUGCGCUUACUCGUGUUUGGGACCUCCGUAGUGGUAGAAGUAUACUUACCUUGGAAGGCCAUGUCAAAAAAGUUCUUGCGCUCAGUUUUUCACCAAAUGGCUAUCAUCUAGCCACUGGGGGUGAAGACAACACUUGUAGGAUAUGGGAUUUAAGGAAGAAGAAAUCCAUAUACAUUAUCCCUGCGCACUCCAAUCUCAUAUCACAGGUCAAAUUUGAACCUCAGGAGGGAUAUUUCUUGGUAACUGGCUCAUAUGAUAUGACAGCAAAGAUAUGGUCAUCCCGAGAUUUUAAGCCUGUCAGGACGCUCUCUGGACAUGAAGCAAAAGUUACUUCUUUGGAUGUUUCAGGAGAUGGACAUCACAUUGCUACUGUAUCACAUGACCGAACCAUCAAACUAUGGUCAAGUGGUACCACUGAGAAGGACCAGGAAAUGGAUGUUGAUUAAGACAAGCUGAAUUUAGAAAUGAGGAUCAUGUCUUGGCUGAUUUUGUUUUGGUGACAAGUGGAUUAUAAAAAUAAAAAAAAAUUCAAGACAUGAGUGCUGGAAACUUACAAUUAGAUGAUGGCUGUAUUCAGAGGGAAUCCUCACUAACUGAUGAAUUUGUGUAGUUCGAAUAUAUUUUCAGUUGUGGAAGCAACCAGCUGUUUACUACCUGUGGUAUGUAAUGCAAAAGGUUUUGAAUUUGUCUC